ACCGGUUGAGUGACAAAAAAGGACGACGUAUACGGUCUUGACUUCACUGGACUAUCAGAGAAACUUGUGGACAACACGUGGACGUAUCCCCCGGAUUAUAUGUGGUACCCUUUUCUAACAAAUUAUUUCAAGGCAAUGGCGAAGAAUUCAUUAAUUUGAGGAUUGGUUAUUUCGUUAUCUCUUUUUUGCGGCACACCAGCAGGGCACCCGCUUUCUGUGGAGUAGGCUACUGACAGCGGGCUGUCGCUUCGUGCAACAGUCAGCGGGUACUUUCAGUGGAAACCAGACCCUUUUUGGAGGGGCGGUUGGACUGUCCAAGGGAUUCUUUGCUGUCGACGGACAUACAGGGUUAUUGGUACACGGAGAAAUUUACGGGGUUGGACACAUUACCUGCUGUUGUUCUCUCACAUCGACCGUGGUCAGAUCUGAAGAGGGAUUUUGGAGCACAAUGCUCUCUCUGACCACGUCCUUGUGCUAAGCCGAUGUCCGCUAGUUAACAUGCAAGGUGGCGGGCAAGAUAAGGUCUGAUUAUGCAUCAGUGAGCUCUCCUCGCUGAAACCUGAAACUUGUUUUCCCACACAUUCUGUAACUGCUAUUGUCUGACUGACAUUUAGUGCAUUUUGUAACUAGGUGGCUUCCCCAGUGAUUAAAUUACACAGGGUCUCCAUUGAUUUAACCUGUUGUUCGUGAACAGGCGGCUUGCUGGUACAUUGUGCGCCUCAAGUCAAACUGUUGCCAUUCUGAAUCAUCAGUGCGUUCAUCCAGAGCCUACGUGUAGCCUAUUUUAUGCCCAUAUGCGCACUGCCAAUUUCUAUCUGAAGUAGCUCAAGGCAGUUAUCUUGAUGUUUCAUGGGACAUUGAUAACCUACUUUGGUUAACGAGGUUUUAUUCAGGACCUUUCUCAUUUUUGUUCACAUCCAAAAUUGAUUACUUACCCCCAACCCAUUAUUGGAAACUAGACUUGUUUUGUGCUUUUCACUGUUUUUGCACGGUGGUGGUGGCAAGGACUCGUUCAGGAGCCAACUGAUCCCGGGGGAAAGCAUAAUGCGGGGAAUAUACUAUAGGCAUCAUGCAAGGAUGAUCUAAUGUCUUGUUUUGAGCAAAUCAUUUCUACCGCGGGAUGAUCUGACAGAUAGAUAAAUCCCACGUUAAAGACAUCACAACAACCCCGACUGGGGUUUUAAGGCUGUCACUGCCACCCAGGACUACACAGCCUCAUAAGCGGAUAAGUUCAAAUCCCCUCUUUUAAAUGUAUUAAUACCUAACCGCGAUCAAUUUCGGAUGGACAAAAUGAGUUGUUACCGCGUAACACCGCGAGCUCACUUGUCUAACGUGACGGUGGCAGAGGAGGACGGGGGAAAGACAACAGAAGAGGAAGCAAGGUGCUUUUCGGCAGCAGAUGCAGAGCUGCGUGUCGGUCUACGGGCUCCUGCUCUCACCGGCACCCCCUCUCUGCUGGUCAAACAUCAGAGGCGCGCGGCCAAAGGCACAGCUACCACCAGAGCCAGUCCUUGUUCGCGAGACACUGCGGGGCAAGCUGGGUCGGCGCGUGGUAAUGAGCAGCGCGUGGUACCAGGCGCUGCCUUCAAAGAGAGGGCGCAAAGGGAGGUCGACGAGUUACUGCUGAGCAGCGCAGCAGGUGUGUUAAAAGACUCCGAGCGAGAGUACCGAUUUCACCGGGGAGAGCAAGAGAGGAGCACCAGCAGGAUGCCUGGGACCUGCCGCGGUGUAGUGCUUGAGGGGGCCACUUCUUGCCCUCGCGGUCGCUCCCGUAGUCCCCAGAGCGCCACGGGGGACGACACUCGAGACCUCACGCGGGCUUUUAACGCCUCCUCAGAGUCCUCGCCACACAACCGGACACCGAGGAGGAAAGACAGCUGGAGCAGCCGGGACAUGCGAGACCUCGCUGAUGGGUUUGGGUAUUCUUGUAGCCAGGAGCGGCGAGGAGAAUUUACGCAGGAGUUUUUAAUGAGGAAGAGAGGCGCCGUCCUUCACCGGGGCAAGAACAGCGCACUGACCGGUUUACAGUGGUGGAUAUGGGCAUUGUUACUGCUAUGGAACACCCACGUGUUGCAAGCACAAGGUGAAGUGGCUCCGUCGUUCCAGACGGAGGCGGGGGGCCAACAGGUGGCGCUAGAGGGUAAUCGUCUGGUGCUGACGUGUCUGGCAGAGGGCAGCUGGCCGCUGCAGUACAAGUGGAUUCGCGACGGCACCGACAUCACCAACUUCACACACCAGUACAGGUACUCUGUAUCCUCCCUAAAUAGUUCUGAUGCGGGGCUGUACCAGUGCGUGGUCCGGAAUAGGAUGGGGGCCCUCAUACAACGCAGGGCAGACCUACAAGUAGCCUUCAUGGGUAGUUUUGCUGACCUGGAGCAGAGGAAGACGGUGGCCCAGGGUCGUGCGGCGGUGCUGAACCCCCCGGCCGUCUCCAGCUACCCCCGACCCCAGGUCACAUGGUACAGGGACGGCGCCAAGAUCAUCCCCAGCAGCAGAGUAGCCAUCACCCUGGAGAACCAGCUUGUUGUCCUGGCAACAACGGUGUCGGAUGCGGGCCGCUACUAUGUGCAGGCGGUGAACGAACGCAACGGAGAGAACAAGACCAGCCCGGCCUUGUACCUCAGCAUAUCAAUGAGCAAGAGGAAUCGCGGAGGAGGAAAUCCCGAACCCAAUGCCCUGACUGAUCCUGUUGCCCCGACGAUAGUAAUCAGUCCCAAGAACACGUCUGUGAUUGCUGGCGCAAGUGAAGCCACAUUGGAGUGCGUCGCUAACGCAAGGCCAGUUGAGCGACUGCAGGUGGUAUGGAAGAGAGCUGGGCUGCGGGUGACUCAGGGUGUGGGGUCUUUCGGCAGGCGCCUCACCAUCCACAACCCCACUCAGGCCAACGCGGGACUCUACUUGUGUGAAGCGACCCUACGCAACAGCACUUUCAAGACGGUCGAGGCCAAGGCCUACCUUUCCAUGCUGGAGUCCCCCUACUUCACCUCUGAACCCAAACAGAAGAUGAUGGUGGAAGUGGACAAGAGUGUGGAGAUCCGCUGCCAGGCGAGAGGGACACCUACGCCAAAGCUGGAGUGGGUUAAGGAUGCAGUUCCCUUGGCAACGCUGAACAACACACGCUACAAGCUAACGGCGGCCGGCAUGAGCCUGCAGGUGAGGAAGGUGCAGCCCGAGGAUUCCGGAAUCUUCCAGUGCUUCGCCCGGAACGCCGCCGGAGAGGUGGAGGCACACACACACCUCAUCGUAACCAGUCUGGCCCCCUACUUCACCACGACCCCCUCUGACACCACUGUGACGGACGGCACCUCGGCACUCUUCACCUGCGCGACCUCAGGGGCCCCCAAACCAGCUGUCAUAUGGAAGAAAGGUUCCCAGGUCCUGGCCAGUGGCUCUGUCCGUAUCCCCCGUUUCACUCUGCUUGAGACCGGCGGCCUCCAGAUUCAGCCCGUUGUCCUUGGCGACGCCGGAAACUACACCUGCUACGCCACCAACGCAGAGGGAGCGGUCGACGCCACGGCAACACUCACUGUCUGGAGUCGCACCUUCAUCUCCCGACCACCAGAAGACCAGCGAGUCAUCAAGGGCACCACAGCUGUGUUGGAGUGUGGAGCGACCUAUGACCCCAGGGUCUCCGUCAGGUUUGUGUGGAAGAAGGGGCCCAAGCAGACGACCUUGAACCCUGGAGGUCGUAUCGUGGUGAAGGACGGCACGCUGCACCUCAGCCAGACCUGGUCAGGGGACAUCGGGGACUACACCUGCAAGGUCAUCUCACAGGCCGGCAAUGACACCAAGUCUGCACGCCUGGAGGUCAUUGAGCUCCCCCACUUACCGCGUAACCUCCAGGCGGCCCUGAACGCCACAGACAGCCGCACGGUGCACCUGUCCUGGGUACGACCCUUCGACGGCAACAGCCCCCUCCUGCACUACAUCAUAGAGCUCUCCGAAAACAAUUCUCCAUGGAAGGUGUACAUGGCGGAGGUUAACCCUUUGUUGACUGACGUCCUGGUCAGUGGUCUAACCCCGGCCCGAACUUACCAGUUCAGGGUGUGCGCCAUCAACCAGGUGGGCCGGGGACAGUACAGCGCCGAGACCAACAGGCUAAUGCUGAGAGAGGAGGCUCCCAGUGCCCCGCCCAAGAACAUAGUGGCGAGUGGGAGGACCAAUCAGAGCAUCAUGGUGCAGUGGCAGCCUCCCCCAGAGCCCCAACUCAACGGAGUACUGAAGGGAUACAUGCUCAGGUAUCGUCUGGCGGGUCUGCCCGGGGAGUUCCAGGUGAAGAACAUCAGCAGUGCGGAGGUGAACUACUGCCUGCUGAAGGAGCUGAUCAUCUGGACACAGUAUGAGAUCCAGGUGGCCGCCUACACUGCAGCAGGUCUGGGCGUCUACAGUUCAUCAGUCACAGAGUACACACUACAGGGAGUGCCCACAGCGCCCCCACAGGAUGUGGAAGCCAUCGCACUGAACUCCACCACCAUCAAGUUCACCUGGAAUCCCCCUCCUCAGAAUUUCAUCAACGGCAUAAACCAGGGAUAUAAGCUCCUUGCCUGGCCUGAGCAUGGGUUGGAGGAAGACGCUACCGUGGUAACCAUCGCCCCAGAGUUCCACGGCUCCCGUCACCAUGGCUACAUGAGCAACCUGAAGAAGUUCACCUGGUACCAGACUGAAGUGCUGUGCUUCACCACACCUGGAGACGGGCCUGCCAGCACACCAAUACUGGUCCAGACACACGCAGACAAACCAGGCCCAGUGGGUCACCUGAGCUUCACUGAGAUCCUGGACACCUCACUGAGGGUCAGCUGGCAGGAACCAGGCGACAGGAACGGCAUCAUCACAGGCUACCUGCUCUCCUGGUCCUCCGUGGGUGAGAACUCCACGCGUGAGUCUCGCUCCCUGUCCAACUCCAGUCUGGAGUACAAGCUAACGGGCCUCACGUCCCUCACCACCUACACGCUGGAGGUGGCAGCCAUCACAGACGCUGGGACGGGAGAGAUCACCGCUGCUACCAUCUCAUCAGGCGUGCCACCAGAGCUUCCUGGUGCGCCAACCAAUUUGGUCAUCUCCAACAUCAGCCCACGCUCCGCCACACUAAGGUUCCGGCCCGGCAGUGAUGGGAAGACCACCAUAUCCAAGUGGAUCGUGGAGGGGCAGGUGGGCAGUAUAGGCGAUGAGGAGAACUGGCAUGUCCUCUACGAGAGAGAGAAUGAACCCGAUGCAGACAUGCUGGAGAUACCGGAUCUCAUACCGUACACACAGUACAGGUUCCGUGUGUGUCAGGUGAACAUAGUGGGCGUGGGGCCCAUGAGCUCGGCGUCUCGCGUCAUCCAGACUCUGCAGGCGGCUCCGGACACAUCACCCACCAGCCUCAGCGUACGCACCGCCUCAGAAACCAGCCUGCUGCUACGCUGGAUGCCAUUGUCCGAAUCCCAGUACAACAGCGGGCCAGAGACGGUGGGAUACCGGGCGCGCAUCGAGCGGGAAGACGGCCGUGGAGGUGGCAGCGGAGGAGGAGGAGGAGGAGAGGGCAGUGAGCCCCACUACCAGACCCUGGGGGAGCGUCUGGCUCGAGAGGCCACCCUGGAGGGCCUGAGGGAGUGGACAGAGUACCGCAUCAGCAUCCAGGCCUACAACGCCAUCGGAGCGGGGCCCUGGAGCAGCAGCGUCAAGGCCCGCACCAGAGAGAGUGUUCCAUCUGGAGCCCCUGAGAAUGUGAGUGCAGAGGCAGUGAGCUCCACGCGCAUCCUGGUGACCUGGGGCACCGUCCCUGACGAACAGAAGAACGGCAAUAUCCUCGGAUACAAGGUGUUGUUCCGUGAGAAGGGCUCGGAGCAGGCCCCCCAGGUGCAGCCGGUGAGGGGCAACCUCAGCCAGUCUCUGCUGCUGCGCAACCUCAGCAAGUUCAUCCUGUACGAGAUCCAGGUGCUGGCCUACACGCGCAUGGGGGACGGACAACCCAGCAUGCCGCCCACACUGGAGAGAACGAAAGAUGAUGUCCCGGGUCCUCCGGUGCGGUUGGUGUUCCCAGAGGUGCGUCUGUCCUCAGUGAGGGUCGUCUGGCAGCCUCCUGCAGAGCCCAAUGGCAUCAUCAUGGGUUAUCAGAUCUCGUACCGGCUGGAGGCGGGCGACCCCAACAAGUUCACCACGGUGGAGGUGGGCUCCAACGCGCGGCAGUUCACCGUGACGAACCUCAGCGCUGAGCAGGCCUACGUGUUCCGCAUCGCAGCCCGCACGCAGCAGGGCUGGGGAGAGGCAGAGGAGGCGCUGGUCAUCACCACGGAUAAGAGAGAUCGACCUCAGCCUCCCCGCCGGCUAUCGGUCCCUCAGAAAGGGGUGGAGUCUCGACGUCUGCAACUCUAUUGGCUGCCGGGAGGAGACGGCUCCUCCCCCGUGCGCUACUUCACUCUGCAGGCCAAAGAGCUGCCGGACGGGGAGUGGAAGACACACACCUCGUCUAUUGGACACAACGCCACCGCCUGGGAAGUGGACAGGUUGAAGCCCUACACUUCGUACAAGCUGCGGAUGAUGGCCACUAAUGAUGUUGGAGACAGCGCCUUCAGCAAGGAGACCGACGCUGUUACCACACUACAGGACGUUCCCGAUGAGGCUCCUGUCAUCCUGGCCGUGAAGCCGUCCACAACAACCUCUGUGCUGGUCCAGUGGCAGCCCCCCUUGGAGACUACAGUGAAUGGAGUGCUGGUGGGGUUCCGCCUUUACUACAGAGAGCUGCAGUAUGAGAGCGCCCAGACAGAGACCAGGACGACCAAUCAAACAGCAGCGCGCUCUGACAUCACAGCCAAGAGCACAUUCAAGACCGUCAGCAGUGCCUCGUUAACAGAGUUUGAGCUCACGCAGCUUGGCAAAUAUAAGCGCUAUGAGAUCGUCAUGACGGCGUACAACGUGAUUGGAGAAAGUCCACCCAGUUCACCAGUGGAGGUGUUUGUAGGGGAAGCAGCUCCCUCGGUGCCUCCCCAGAGUAUCCAAGUGAACUCCGUCUCCUCCUCUCAGCUGGACGUGCUGUGGGAACCGCCACCCGUGGAGACCCAGAACGGAAACAUACAGGGAUACAAGAUCCACUACUGGGAGAAGGAGAAACAGAACGAGACGGAGAAGGUGAAGGUGUUGUUUGUUCCCGACACCUCGGUGCGUCUGAAGAACCUGACGGCCUACACCUCCUACCAGGUGAAGCUGUCCGCCUUCAACGCCGCAGGGGACGGACCCAUGAGUGUAGCUCGGAAAGGGCGCACCCUGCAGGCUGCGCCCAGUGCCCCUAGCUUCCUGUCCUUCUCCGAGGUGACGGGCAGUGCCCUCAACGUGUCCUGGGGCUCCCCUCAGCAGCCCAACGGGGUGGUGGAGGGCUACAGGGUGGUCUACCUGCCCACCGCACCUGUACAAGGUGUGAGCAAGUUGGUGACGGUGGAAGUGCGGGGCAACUGGCAGCGCUGGCUGAAGGUUCGAGACCUCAACCACGGGGUCACCUACACCUUCCACGUGCAGGCUCGCACUGUCAGCUACGGACCAGAGUUGACUGCUAACAUCACUGCAGGACCCGUGGAUGGGUCUCCCGGGGCGCCCCUGCAGACAUCAAUCACCAAGUCCUCCUCUGCCCUCACACUCCAUUGGUCAGAGGGCAACGAGGGGGCGGGACCGGUCACCGGCUACGUGAUAGAGGCUCGUCCAUCAGAUGAGGGAUUGUGGGAUACGUUUGUGAAGCAGCUGCCCCCCAGUAGUGUGUCCCAUGCCAUCAGUCUGGAGCGACUGCGGCCGGGCGUCAGCUACGAGUUCAGAGUCAUCGCUGUCAACGGUUACGGAUAUGGAGACCCCAGCCCAGCAUCAGCUGCCAUGUCAGCUCUGUCUGAGAAGCCCUUCUAUGAGGAGUGGUGGUUCCUCGUUGUCAUGGCGCUGUGUAGCCUGAUUCUCAUUCUGCUGGUGGUGUUUGGUCUGCUGCUACACGGACAGAACCGGAGAUACCGGAGCUGUGGAACAGGAAAACACAUCUCUACCGUGGAGGAGGCCGUCACCCUUGACAACGGAGGCUUCACUGCCCUGGAGCUCAACAGCAGACACCUGAACGUCAAGAGCUCCUUCCUCAAGAAGAACGGCACCAGGUCUCCUCCUCGGCCCAGUCCUGGAGGGCUACAUUACUCUGAUGAGGACCUGUGCAACAACUACAACGGAGCCGUACUCACCGAGAGCACCACGCUCACUGAGAAGAACGGAGAGCUCUCGGGAUCAGAGAUGACAGACAGCGACUACGAGGACGAGGCCCCCAAGCACUCCUUCGUCAACCACUACAUGAGCGACCCCACCUACUACAACUCCUGGAAGCGCCAGCCCAAAGGCCUGAAGACGACGGCCUCCAACACCCUCGUGGUGGCCAACACUCCGCCGUCCCCGUUCGGCUUCGAGGAGCGGCGAAGCAGCAAUGGGACAGUGGUCGGCAGCAACGGAGGCGGGGGCAACGGAGUUGGCGUCAGCGGUGGGAUCGGGAUCGGUGUCGUGGGAAGUGGCGUUGUCGGCAGUGGUGAAGAUGGGUACUAUAAGACAGUGGUGACCCAGCACAGUACUGGAGGGGUGUACACGCCGGGAGGACAGCCGGCUGCCCCGGCUACACGCACCCCAGUCACAGGCUUCUCCUCCUUCGUCUGA